CCCUCUCUGCCUGCGACUGUAUUUAUGUCUUUGCCUCUUUCUGUCUUCUCAUUUACGCUCUCAGAUUGGGACUCUCACCAAAUAUUUCCCUCUUCUUCUUCUCCUUCUCCCACCACAGCUCAAUUUGAAGCCACCGAUUUUGGGAGUGGUUGAGAUUUUUAUGCUGCUGCUGCUGCAAGAAAGUGAAGGAAACAGCAUCGAUAAAGACCUCUUCUUCUUCUUCUCCACCUCAUCUUUACAGGACCAUUUCAGUUCCUCCCCUGUAACAGAGAUUAAAAAAAAAAAGCAGGGGAGAAGAAAAAGGGGGAAACGUCACUAUAUAUCUAUCGAUCUCAUCACCUAAAUGCUUUCUCGGGAACACACAACUUGCAUGGACAUGAUGAGUGUGUUAGAGAGACAGGCUGCAAGGUUCAAAUGGCUGCAACAACAGCAACAGCAACUACAACUUAAAGACGCCACCCACUUGCCAAUAAUGCCUCACUUCCAGGGAAUCUUCAGUCAGCUUGAGACAGGGUCGAUGACGACUCUGCCGCAGCACGGGGGGAACCAUCAUCUCCUGCUCCCUUCAGGAUUCGAGUUUCUUGCUCCCCCCGACCAAGUUGUCAGCCAUCAUCCUUCUCUUGGAAUUGACCAUUGUCUCUCGAGGACUUCUAGCUGCCACAUGACGGCGGCGCCGGCUUCGGCUCGGGCGGCUCCCGAGGAGGGGGAAGAGGAUGCUGUGGUGGUUAUGAUGGCAGAGGGAAAUGGAGGAAGAGGCUUGGCGGAUGGUUCAAACAAGAGGAAAACAGAGAACGAAGAAAUUAGAGGGAAGAAGAGAGUGAAAGGAGAAAUGGAGGUGGAGUCUAGCAGAAGCAGAAGUGAAGAGACUAAUUGCAGAGAAGAUUCAACACAGGAGGAAACCCAGAAGAAGAAGAAGAAGGGUUCUUCAUCAGGAGAUGAGAAACAAGAUUAUAUUCACGUCAGGGCGCGCCGCGGCCAGGCUACUGAUAGUCACAGCUUGGCAGAAAGAGCAAGGAGGGAAAAAAUAAGCAGGAAAAUGAAGUGCCUGCAGGAUUUAGUCCCUGGCUGCAACAAAAUCACUGGAAGGGCAGGGAUGUUGGAUGAGAUCAUCAAUUAUGUUCAGUCCCUCCAGCGCCAGGUUGAGUUCUUGUCAAUGAAACUUGCUGCGGUCAACCCAAGACUGGAAUUCAGCUCCGAUAAGCUCUCCGGCAAAGAGUUUCCUGGUUACCCGAGUUUUCCAACAGCCAUGAGCAGCAUGUUUCCGGGAGCAGCAAGUUUGGCGCAGCUUCAGCAGCUUGCAGCAAGCAGAGAAAUGGAAAACCUGACGACGAAUCACAGCCAGAUUUCUUCUGAGAAAACCCAGACCUCCUCGGCUUUCAGUCCUGAACUCUGUCUCGAUUCCUCCAGUUUCCCUCAAGUCCAAGUCCACCAACCUUUCUGGGAAGCGGAUUCGCAGAGCUUCCAGGACAUGGGUUUCCAUCGUUAUCAAGGCUGAACCAACAUCAACGCCUUCUUUCACUUUAUUAUGUGCCAACUGCCACCAUUUGACAAGUGGGUGUGACUGAACUGAGCUCGUGGGUAUCGCAGAGAGAAUCAACAGAAGAAGCUAUUUCAGGAGGAGAGGAAAAAACAAUUUGUGGACUCAAGAUGCGACAGUUUCGUAUUGCUUCUCUGAUGAUUUAUUAUUCUCAAGUGUAAAACUAGUGGGUUUGCUGUCUCCAAUCUUUUUUUCUGUUCAUAUUUUUCUAGUUUCUUGCCCUGUAUAGUAGCUCUGCUGCUUUCGCACGGAAGCAGCAUACAGUAAGCUGUAAUGAACUAUAUAUUGAUCGAUCUGUUACCUACAACACACAUCCAUCCCAUCGAAUAGCCCUCGCAACCUCCAUCCGACAUUUCCCAGAUCGAGGAAGCAAGAAAAGUAAUCGAUAGAUCCUAGAUGGAACCAUAUUUGAGCUUAUAUAUACUUGGGUUCGGUUUCGUUUAACCAAUAACCGAUUAGGUGGUUAAUGGUUAAUCACUAAGCAAAAAAAUGCAUACUGAUAAGGCUUAUCGAACCGC